GUCUUGUUUGUAGCAAACAGUAAGCUAGCUGAGUAUUGUUGCCAUGUCACUGCGGACAGUGCUCACAAAUUACAUCUAGAGUCAGGGUUCCUUCUAUGACAGCAUAUUUAGUACUUUAAUGUUGGAUAAUACGACGCGUAUAAUAGGCCCCGCCUACACCCAGAGGUAAACAAAUAACAUCUGAGCUGCAUUACGGUAGCCAUCACCACCGUACCCGUGUCGUCGCAAGUAAAUGGAAAUAAAUUCGCAAUGAAUUGUCGCUCGGUGGUUCUUGAGGUAACAGUGGAGGCGAGGCAGGUGGAGGAAGCCAUGCUGUCUCUGCUACACACCAUCUUACUGCACCGCAGCUCUGGGAAGUUUCACUACAAAAAAGAAGGCACCUACUCCAUCGGUACAGUGGGAACAGUGGACAUCGACUGUGACUUCAUCGAUUUCACCUUUGUCAGGAUUUCCUCAGAAGAGCUAGACAGAGUGAUCAGGAAGGCUGUGUCUGAAUUCAAGGAUGCCCUGAGCAACUCUGGCAGCGAUGGCGUGGGGCAAAUCUCCCUGGAGUUCUAUCAGAAGAAGAAGUCUCGCUGGCCGUUUUCUGACGAGUGUAUUCCCUGGGAGGUGUGGAGCAUCAAGGUCAAUGUCGUCAACCUGGCCAAUGAGCAGGAGAGACAGAUUUGUAGGGAGAAAGUGGGGGAGAAGCUUGGCGAUAAGGUGAUCAACAUUGUUGAGGUCAUAAAUCGCCACGAAUACUUGCCAAAGAUGCCCACCCAGUCUGAAGUGGACAAUGUUUUUGACACCAGUCUUAAAGAUGUCCAGCCAUACCUUCACAAAAUCACAUACCAGAUCACUGACUCUCUGGGCACCUCCGUAAGCACCACCAUGAGGAGGCUGCUUAAAGACACCCUGGCUCUGUGAGGACACUGCAACAAAGAGAAACAAAUAUAGAUAAUUCUAUCCUCAGAUAUAUCUAAAGUUACACCUGAUAUCUUUUUGUUUAUCAGCUCAUCUACUCCGCAUCAGUGUAAUCACCAUAGUGACAUCUCUACCCUAACUAUAAAACUUUUCAAAAGAUUUUUUUUUUUGCAAAUAAUUUCUGUCCAAAUUGUCUUCACCUCCCUCCGUUACCUUAAGAAAUGCAACUUAAACACAGUAGUGAAUCAACACCAGAUGUUAGUUAACUUUAUGUUGUUAAUGUUAGAUCUGUAAAUUAUUGUAAAUCUUUGACAAUAAAUGUUUAUUGUAACUGAUGUUAAUUAGUUAACAACAGUCAUUGAUCUUUCAGUCUAGACAUUGCCUUUGUAAACCAUGUAUCUUAACGAUUGAGAUGAGAAAAAUUGCUGGUAAAGAUUAACUCACAAGAUCAAUCACAGGAAAGAUGAAAUCUGUAUUUUUUUUGUGUGUCUGCAAAAGUUUUGGAUUUGGAAACAGGUUUCCUCAUCCAUGUGUAAACUUCCUCUCUGCACACAUUAACAUGGAGAGUGUGACCUGACACAUGGGUAGGACAGGAUUUCCAUUUUGCCUUUUUUUCCAAAUUAAAGCAAGCACUUCCUAAGUUCACUCCCAGGUUUUCCAGCAAGUAAUUGUCACUGUGGCCCUGAGUGUGAAAAACAUCCCAGUGGCUCAGGUUCAUCUGCUAACGGGAGGAUGUGUGUAUUUUCACAUAAUUAGCUCCACAAUUGAAUAAAUAGACAAAGUUUGAUUGACAGGUCACAUAGAUAAAGCUCACAACUGGGUGUUAUUUAUUUAUCUUUGCUUUGCUAUUUUGUAAAAAAUACUGAUUGACCAAUACUGCUAUGAUGUUGGUAUGUGCUGCACAAACUAACGAAUAGUUCAGGGAUAAGGUUUGGAGAUUUGAGAAGAUAAUAUACAAUGUAUUUUUAUCCUUAAUGAAGUAUAUGGAGGCAUGUAUAAAUAAAUACAUUGUUCUUUA